AGACUGCCGAUUUCGACUUUACACCCCUCAUUCAUCAUCAUGGGGUACUUUUCCUACGGUCUACCCUCGUUUCUUGUUCUUGUAAUUGCUCUUUAUAUUCUACUUACUGGCUCGGGAGAGGCAUUCAACGUCGGUCGGUUUUUGGAAGAAACAAGUCCCUACGCCUGGGCCGCGACUGGUAUUGGCCUUGACAUUGGCCUGAGUGUAUUGGGUGCGGGAUGGGGUAUAUUCGUCACCGGUGCAUCCAUCCUUGGUGGAGGUGUCAGGGCGCCUCGUAUCAGCACAAAGAACCUCAUUAGCAUCAUUUUCUGCGAGGUCGUCGCGAUAUACGGUGUUAUCAUCGGAAUUGUGUACUCUGCUAAAAUCACAUCAGUUGCAGACUCAGUUCUGUAUACACGAGAAAACUAUUACACUGGUUUUGCUCUCUUCUGGGGUGGCCUGACGGUUGGCGCAUGUAACCUCCUUUGCGGCGUUUGUGUUGGAAUUACCGGGUCUACCGCUGCACUAUCAGAUGCCGCAGACCCCAAUCUGUUCGUCAAGAUCUUGGUCGUCGAAGUCUUCGGCAGUAUCCUGGGCCUCUUCGGUUUGAUUACCGGGUUGCUUAUGGUCAGUGCUGCUGAUGAUUUCAAAGGGUCUGCAGCAGCAGCAGUUGCGGAAGCCGUAGUCUCACCUUUUGUACAUUGAUUUCCAACGGAACAAGCUACCACCACGAUACAUCCAUCCAAUGCAUAA